AUGUUUAGCAGAAUUUUAGGUGGAUUGAGUAAAACCAGUUCAACAAUUUUUUCAAAGAUUGGAUCCAUUCUUGGAGGUUCAGCAAAUGCUCAAAGAAAAGUAUUUAAUGAGGAAGAUUUUAAAUUAUUGGAGAGCGCUCUUCUUUCGAGUGACGUUGGCAACAACACAACUCAAUUAUUACUUCAAAGGAUGAAAUCACAAGUUACAAAUAUUGAGAAAGAGUUAGAAAACAACCCAAAUAUGACAGAUGUAAAGCCCAUGAAAUCUAUUUUGAGAGAAGAAAUGUUAAAAUUAUUUCAAAAUCCAAUGCAACAACAAAUAGUGAAACGAUUGCAACAAAAUCAAGGAACUCCUGAAGAAGAAAUAUCAGUCUCUCUUACUCCUCUCUCUAUGAAAUCUAGGCCUACCGUCGUUCAAAUAUGUGGUGUUAAUGGAUCAGGCAAAACAACGACCAUUGGAAAAUUAUUGCACAAAUAUAGACAAUCAGGAACUGUAAGGCACAUGAUUGUGGCAGCUGCUGACACUGUGCGAGCAGCUGCUCCAGACCAAUUAAGAUCAUGGGUAGAAAGAACACCUGAUUGUUCAAUUGUGGAUUUAACAGAAUCAGAGAAAUUGAAAAAACAGUCCGAGACUCAUCAGCCAGUUAAAACAAAGAACAUUCGACAAGUAAGCUACAAAGUACCAUCUGAGAGUGUUGUGUAUGAAGCGAUUCAGCAAGGUCUGCGAAAAGAAGAUGUUGACGUGGUAUUUGUGGAUACUGCUGGAAGAUUACAAAAUCAAGAAGCAUCGAUGAAAGAGUUAGCUCUCAUCAAUGAAAUGUGUUCCAGAUCAAGAAAAGGUGCACCAGAUCACACAUGGCUGAUUUUAGAUGGAACCAUCGGUCAAAACUCAAUUCAGCAAGCAAAACUGUUCCAAAAGUAUGUGCGGAUAUCAGGAAUUAUUGUGACAAAACUUGAUGGAAGUGCCAAGGGAGGAGUUAUCCUUGCAAUAGCCAAUGAGCUCAAAAUUCCUGUCUUGUACAUUGGUUUAGGUGAAAGUGUGCAAGAUUUAAGACCAUUUUACCCAGAACAAUUUGUAGAUUCAAUUUUGUCUGUAACGGAGCAAAACAACGAAAAACAAGAUGACGACGAAGAGGAAUAA